AUGUCGCCGCCCGCCAGUCGCCUCUCAGCAUCAUCGCGUGUUCCUCCUGCAAGCAGCCGGAUCCGACGCCAUCGAGGGACCGCGAGGACCAACCAUCAUCACCACCACGACCACCGCCAGCACGACAAGACCAUGACGGCCGCCAACGACCGCGACGACCCCUUCUACGGCGUCGUCGGGCCCACGACGAGAACGAGACGAGCGGCCACCACGACGAUGAUGAGAAGCGACACCGACAGCUUCCACCGCAGUGUUGGGCGCUCCAAUCGGCACUCUCUGCUGCCUUUUCGCCACGUCUCGAGCUCCUCCGAGGACGACGGCAGCUACCACCGCCACAGGCGCCUGCACCAGGGUCUCAAGCUCCUCGAGCGGACGCGGGGCCGGAGCAUCAACUGCAUCGGCGACAGCGGCGGUGGGUGGCGAGGGCAUCGCUAUGCACGGAGUCAGGCGUCGCAGGGCUCGGGCAGCGGCACCGAUGGCCACUCGCCGUCCGAGUCGACGACGUCGUUUCCGGUCAUGACAAGGGAGGAAUUCGAGGCGUUGCCGCCAACGAUACAGAGAAAGUACUUUUCUACCCUCGAGCGUCUUCGCUUCGCCCAAGACACCGACCCUGAAGCCUCGGACGCUACGCCCUCGGCCUCGUUCGACAAUCUCCCCAAGCUCCAAUCUAAUAUCAACCCUGCCGCCAGCACGACUAACGCUCCCUUGGCCGCCGCCUCCUUCGCACCCAGACCACUCCUAAACAACCACCACCAGCCUGUUCGUCUCACCGUGCUCUCCAAGCUCCCAUCCGAAGCUGUUUGCCCCCUCGCUGCCGCCUCACUGCCCCAAAGGCGUCCCAGGUCCGCCCUGAUUCGCCUGCACUCGAGCCCGGCCCUUGACCAACUCGCCAACACCUCCACCAAGCUCGGUGGCAUACUACAUAAUAAAUCCGGGAACCGUCAACAGCCUGCAGUCUCUCCCCGACAGAGCGUUAUCUUGGAUGCAACUGACGAAGCCCUGAUUAAGCGCGGAAAACGACAAGCCCACCUCACCGCCCGCCAGUCCAAGGGCCACUUACACCGUGCCGCCUCGUUCGAUACACUCUCCCGCAGGAUGCAUUCCCGCGCCAACGACGCCGCCUGGAUCGACGGCCGCCUCAAGGAGACGGAAGACUCGUUGUACGACAGCUUCCGCUGGCUGGAAGACGACAUUGACCUACGGCUCGACCUUAAUGACUACCACACUGGUCUUCACGAAGACGUCCCGUACCACAAGGACCGCCCGGCUUCCUUUCGCCGCAAGCUCUCCAUUUCAUCCAAAGUCACCUUUGGCCGUGCCUCGUCUACGCUGAGCCGUCCUACCACAAAGGACGGCUCGACACCAUUUGGUGGCUCCAUGCUGUCCCUCCACAACCCCUCUUGCAACGGCCAUGUCCGCCGACGUUCCCGUGCCCUCUCCCUCAUGUCCGCCACCAAGCAGCCGCCUGCCGAGGUCACGACGGCCGCGUCGCCGCCGCCUGCCAUGGACCCUGCCGCCCACUACCAAGACCCAGAAGCCCGCAUGAAGCUCCGCGUCUACCUCGCCUCGCCGCACAAGUUUGACGAGGCGGUCGAGUUUGGAUUCCCUUCGACCGAGCAGCAGCCCCCCAGCCCAACCACGCCGCCCAAGCGUGUUGACUCGCUGCCUCGCAACGCCGACCGUGGCGCGCACCUCCGCAUGCAGACCGUUGUUGAGGACCGGCGAUGCUCGCUCUAUAGCGAUAAGACGAUUGCGACGGAACCCGACUCGCCUCGCACCCCCGACACUCUGGAGAAGCCGUCGGUGCCAUUCGCCACCCCCGCUGCCGACCAAGAUCGCGAAGCAGCGCCCAAGAUUGACUAUACCCAGGCUCAUGCGUACUCGCGGGAGAUGACGCUCCGCAUGACGCUGACGCGACCGGACCUGCGGGCCAAUGAGAACCUCAUGUAUGGCUGGCAAAAGGGCGCACCCCCAACCCUGCCGGACGCACCGCACUCGCCGCCCGCGCCGAGGUCAGAAGACGAGCUCAAGAAGGACAGCAUUGAGCGACAGCUGGCGGCCAUUGACCAGGAGAACAUGCUCUACCCAGAGCGAAGCUCCAUGAAGCGCCUCUGGAACCGCUUCCGCCGCACAUGA